AAAAGAUAUUUUUAAUAUUUCUCGGAAAUAAUUUAUUCUUAAUAACUUUGUGCUGUAAAAGAAUUGUUUCUUCUUAGAGUGAAUACAUAUGUCAGGAAAUAAAGUGUUAAAUUAAAAAAUCUGUUAAAUUUAAGCUCAACUAAUCGAUAAGAUACAAUCGAUAAGUGCAUAAAAAUAAAUUUUGGAGAAUGGAAUCCAUAAAAUUAACGUAUUUUGAUUUACCUGCACGUGGAGAAUGUAUUCGAUUACUUUUGAUUUAUGGUGAAAAAGAAUUCGAUGAUAUUACGUAUGAUACUGAUGAUUUAGAUAUAUGGCGCCAAGAGAAAAACGCUUAUCCAUUCGGACAAUUACCCGUUUAUGAAGAAGAUGGGCGAGUUACUCAUCAAACUGUGGCUAUACUCAGAUAUUUAGGGAAAAAGUUUGGUUUAAUUGGAGAAAAUGAUUGGGAAAAUUUAGAAAUAGAUUCAAUGGCAGAUAAUUUUACGGAUUUUGCGUUACAUGUUAUUGAUUAUCAUUAUGAACCAAGCGCCAAAUUAAAAGCUAAAAAGCGAGAAGUUAUACUUACGAAAGUUACGCCGUUUUUGAAAGUGUUCGAUGAUAUUUCUAAAGAAAGUGGUGGUUAUUUAGCUUUAAAAAGAUUAACGUGGGUUGAUAAGAUUGUUUGCGAUGAAUUACUAACACAACGUACAAAUAUGUCCAAUUGUAAACUUACUUAUUUUGACGUGCCAGCUUUGGGCGAACCAAUAAGACUUUUAUUGGCUUAUAUAGGUGACGAGUUUGAAAAUGUUACAAUUUCAAUGUAUAAAUGGGCAGAAUAUAAACAACUGUUUCCAUUUGGUCAAGUACCUGUUUAUGAAGAAAAUGGAAAAAUAGUCAAUCAAAGUGUCGCUAUAAUGCGUUAUUUGGGAAAAAAAUGCGGAUUAGUUGGAAAUGAUGAUUGGGAAAAUUUAGAAAUUGAUUCUAUUGGUGACACUAUUAAAGAUUUACAACAUAAAUUUGUUUGUGUUCAUUUUGAGAAAAGUGCCGCAUCUCAAAAAAGAUUAAAAGAAACGUUUUAUAACGAAACGGUUCCGUAUUAUUUGGAGAGAUUUGAAAAAAUAGCCAAUGAAAAUGGGGGACAUUUAGCGAUUAAAAGAUUAACUUGGGUUGAUUUUUAUUGGGCCGGUGUUGUAACAUAUUUAUCUUGGGCUUUUAAAAUGGAUAUUUCUGGAAACAAUCCAAACUUAAAUAUGGUACAAAGAAAUGUCCUCAAUUUACGUUCUAUUAAAAAGUGGUACGAGACAAAUCCAAUUAAUGAAAGUUAUACAAAGGAAUGGAUUGAAUUUUCUGGAACACCAACGUUACCAUAAUUUAUUUAAUAAAUAUUUUUUUUACUAAU